AUGGCAUUUGAUGCGAAACCUCUUCUUCCCCUUCCAUCCCAGGCGCAGCUUCGCGAAGCUUUUGUCGGCAAGGAAUUGGAACAUGUGCCCACGCCGGCCGCGGUCCUGGAUAAGGCCGUCGUGAAAAGGAAUUGCCUCCAAAUGUUGAAGGCGUGUGAAGCUCUCCAGGUCGGAUUCCGGCCUCAUGUCAAGACCCACAAGACCGUGGAAGUCGCCCAACUGCAGCUUGGCGACGGAAUCAAUGAUGUCAAAGUAAUUGUUUCAACGGUGGCAGAGGCCGAGCAUCUGUCUGACUUCCUCUUGACAAGUCGAGAAUCGCGGCGAAGUGUCAACAUACUCUACGGUAUCCCCUUACCUCCUUCUCAAAUCGAACGGUUAGCGCACUUGGGCAAGAAGAUUGGAAGCGAAAGCAUAAGCGUCCUUGUGGACAACAAAUCCCAGCUUCAGGCCGCUAGAGCAUUCAGGGAUAUGGCAGGUUUUCCACUUAAAGUGUUUAUCAAAAUUGAUACGGGUUAUCAUCGAGCAGGAGUGGUGGUCGGAACCGAAAAAUUCAAUUGCCUCAUCAUCGACAUUCUCGACGACGAGUCUCGCGGGACUGUGGAACUCCUGGGCUUCUACAGUCAUGCUGGCCACUCAUAUGGAGGUGACUCUGCGCUUGGCGCAAUGGAACUCCUCAUCGUCGAGCUUGAAGGACUAGAGAAAGCGGCAAACUAUGCUUCAAAAGCUCGCGAUCACGCGCCAAUGAGCCAGAAAUACGUCCUUUCAGUGGGAGCCACCCCAACGGCGACGUCUAUAGAGAACAUGCUUGAAAGAUCCGCUCAAGCAGAAUCUCCAAUGGGAGGAGAGAUAGCCAAGUUGAAGAAGGUAAUUGAACGUGUCAAAGCCACUCAUGCCAUUGAAAUACAUGCUGGAGUCUAUCCGUUCCUAGACAUGCAACAACUGGCCACGCAAGCUAGUCCCUCGGCUGUACCUGCCAAUCCGAAAUACGACAAUUCGGGCCUGUCGACCGCGGACAUUGCAUUGACCGUCAUGGCUGAAGUUGCAAGCGUGUACGAAAGUCGUGACAGUCCGGAAGCGCUGAUGGCAGCUGGAUCGUUGGCGCUGGGACGUGACCCUUGCAAAUCGUACAACGGAUGGGGCAUCGUCAGUGACUGGGGUAUGUCUACGAACAAUUUUGAAGGGAGGUCUGGUUGGCAGGUUGGACGCAUCAGUCAGGAACAUGGUAUAUUGAUAAAAGAUUCACAGCGUGAAAGCCAUGAGCUGGCAGAGUUGAAGAUCGGCCAAAAGGUAAGGGUGUGGCCCAACCACGCUUGUGUGGCUGGCGCGGGCUUUGGGUGGUAUCUGGUUGUUGAUUCAAGCCUGCCUGAAGAAAGGCGAGACCAAGUUGUGGAUGUCUGGGUCAGAUGUCGAGGGUGGUGA